GUCAGUUUCCGAAAAUCACUCUACCCAACAUCACACAUCACACUUGUUCAAUUCAAAACCCCUUCAAACUCUAACAACUCUCUUCUCUUAUAUUCUCUGUUUAUAUUUGUUGCAUAUCAUUUCCACACUUUCUAAAUUCUAAGCAUAGAUUCGCCAAUUGAUUCCACACCCAUUUCUCAAAAUCAUCCAAAGAAUAAUGGGUCACUCUUGCUUUCUCCUGCUUCUCCUUUCAUCUCUCCUCUUUCUCUCUUUUGUUGGCCAUGGAUUUGGUAGGGUGGCACUGAUGGAGACUCAUGAGCAUACACAUUCUACUCAUUCAACACAGGAAUAUGGUACAACAAUGAGGGCAUCUUUUGAGGUUGAGGAUUAUGCUGACCCACAACCAAAUAUAAAUCCCAAAAAUGGUUAUCUUUACAGUCCUCCUCCUCCUUCAACGGGUAGUCCAGCUCCUACUCCAACGACCAAAGAAGAUGAUCAAGACCAAGAACAAGAUUAGAAUCUUAAUAAAUUGGUUUAUUGCUUUAUGAUCGGUUCUUAUAAUUAUAAAGUGAAGUGUGUAUCUUCACAUUUAGCUUGACAUGUAUGAUCAAGAAUCUAGCCAAACGUAACUAGGUUGUUUUCUUUUGGUUUAUUUUUCCUUAGUUUGCUCUCUUAAGAUUACUCUAUAUUAGUUAUAGUUUUAAAUUUGUUAAAUUUUUUGUUGUGGAA